UUUUUUUUUUUUUUAUCAAUAAAAGGUAAAUAUAUUGAUAUGAAUCGUCCAUCUGUAUUUCCAAUUUUCCAGUGUUCGGAACCCUAAUAACGCGCAUCUCUCUCUCUCUCUCUCUCUCUCUCUCUCUCUCUCUCUCUCUCCUCUCAAUCCGACCAUCCAUCAGCUCUCUCCCGAUCCAUCGCUUUCUCUGUCCGACAGAAACUUUACAAUUUUACAUCAAGAUGUCACCCGCAGCCAGAUCCAAGUCUAAGGAAAAGAAAACUAGCAAGGAAUCACAGAGGGGUUCUAACAGGAUUACAGGACCUGCUAAUGCUGCUGGUGGUGUCCCAACCAGUGUGUAUGAUCCACUGUUGGGUACAUUCCACACCCUUGAUCCGGCUAUGCCAAUGCCUUCUGCUCCAUAUCUACAUAUUAAUGGCCGUUUCCGAAGCAUAGAUGAGACUGAUGAGCACUGUGGAAACUCCACUGGAAGUGGGGCUGAGUACGACUCUAUUUCCAACAAUGGUAGUUCGUCUGGUGAGUCAGAAGAUCAUAAGGAGAAAACGGCUAGUCCUCCUAUCAAACAAGAGACUAUACCAGGAGCUGAUAAUGGAAAGCGGGAAAAAAUACGUCAGAAAAAUGAGAGGAAACAUCAGCGCCAGAAGGAAAAGCGAGCCCAAGAGUUGCAUGAUCGGUGCAGUGGCUAUUUGAUGUCAAGAAAGCUAGAAGCACUUGCCCAACAGCUUGUGGCAAUGGGCUUUUCUUCGGAGCGGGCAACAAUGUCUCUUAUGCUAAAUGAAGGCAGAGUGGAAGAAUCGGUCACAUGGCUCUUUGAAGGGCAUGAAGAAGUGGAUGAGUACAGGGAUCAAAACCUUGCAGAUGGGAAUAAUUUGAAAAUAGAUAUAUCAGAAGAGCUUGCUCGGAUUGUGGAAAUGGAGAUUAGAUUCAAGUGCUCAAAGCAGGAGGUUGAAAGAGUAGUUGUUGCUUGUGAGGGUGAUCUUGAGAAGGCAGCAGGUGCUUUAAGAGUACAGAAACAAGAACCACCUGCUGCUUCAUCUAAGCCAGAAGAAACCAUUGAUCAUCCUCCCAUUAAAAAUGGUAGGCUGUCAGUAGCUCCCAGUCAGAAUUUGGUGAGGUCACAGACAAAAUCCAACCCAUCUUCUUCAAUACAGCAGAGAAGGAAUGAAAGGGAUUUGAACUACUCAAAAGCAACAGUUACUGUCAGAACACCUUCAGAUUUGGGGAGCAAAAAUGUACAGACCUCCAGAAAACUUCAACCGAAAUUGGAUUUGGUGAGACCACAGCAAACUGCGACUAUGGAUGAGAAAAGAUGGCCAGUUGCAGAAUCAAAUCCUUCAAUUUCCUACUCUUCAGCAUCCUCUGUGCAGCCGUCACCACAAACAACCAAUGUGGAAACCAGUUAUAUGACUGCUGGAAAUGAACCUAAGAUUCUUAAGUCAGGACCUCUGAAAGAACCAGUUAUUAUGAUGCAGCGAUCCAAAUCCAUCAAAACGAAGCAGAUGCCAGCUACAAGCAUUAGCUUGUCUCCGCCUGGAACAGCUGCUGGUUGGUAUCCUAAUAGUAUUGAAAUUACCCACACCAAUGGAGUGUUGCCGCACAUUCCCAGCACAAGAAACAUUAGCCCAAGCAAUCCAAGUUCGAAUCAGUUGUACCAGCAAAUUCAUUAUGGACAGCACCAACAAUUUGUUCCAGGCAGUGGCCCAGUGGAUCUUUUGGGAACAAACCAGGGGAAUGGUUCCUGGAGCACAACUGGUACUUCAACACUCGCUGCUGCUUCUUCCCUUGGUCUCUUCUCAGGGGUGGGAUUGAGCAGUACCUCAGACCCAUCUUCUGCGGUGGAGUGGAAUACUAGUGACUCAAUGCAGCCAUUGGAUUAUACCAGCAUAGACUGGUCACUGGAUCGUGGUUUGCCAUCCUUAAAACCCAAUGGAUCGUGGCUGGGGAUGGCUUCAUUUGCGAAGAAUGAUCACAUGUAUGAGUCACAUGCUUCUGCAGUUGGUCUUGGGCCACCCAUGAGAUUGAUUCCUUCCCAUGGGAAUGGUGUUCCUUUUUCGGGGUUGCAGGAUGCUGGAGCAGCAACUGUGGAAGCAUCUGCAGGAGGUUCCCGCGAGUGGACUUCACCCUUUGAAGGGAAAGACCUUUUUAGCUUACCCAGACAGUUUGUUUCUUCCCCUUUUGUGUAAUGAGGGAAGAGAAACUUUGAAUAAUACAUUAAAAAAGGAAAGGAAAAACUGAAAGACUUUAAAUAUGUGUUUGGAUUUGAUGUUUAGCUGUUUGUUCUUAUAAUGCUAAUGUGUUUAUGGGUUGUUGGUGCUAACAUUUUAGUGAUGGGCAAAAUCCAAAACCCCUUUGCUUUA